AUUGUUCUGAUAGCAUUGCUGUGUUUUGUGUGUUCUGGAGUAUAAUUGCUUUAUUGUGUCCUUGAAAGAAUCAGUAGCAGCAUUGGCACAGAAAUACAGGAACUCCUGAAGGGGGAGGCGUAUUUUCCAAAGGAGGAAGGCUCAUUUCAGCACUUUAAUUACGACAUUACUCUGAGUCAAAUCAUACGUAGAUGUAAACACAGACAUCAUUCAUCUUACUGACCCCCACCCCGAAAGACUGACCCCGAGGAGCUCACUGACAGGCUGGGUGUUAAGGACGGGCAGUAGUGGAUUAUGAUUGUGACACAUUUCUAACAAGCUGAAAACAUGUCUGUGUGUAACACUAUACUGUGGCGUGUCUGUUCUACUUUAACCCUAUUGUGGAUCUGGACGUGGGAAGCUGGCUGUGACAUUCAAGCAGAGGAGGUGGAGAUUUUCCAUUCAGAUAAACAGACCAGACUGGAAUGGACAUCUGACCCCCGCAGAGAAUGGACUGAUGUUCAGCUCAGAGUGGGUACAUCGAGUCCGGUGCCUGUGCUCCAGGCUUGUGGAAACAGCAUAAGGAGAACUGUUUUAAGCAAGUGGAUGGAGCGGAAAGAUGCCCACUAUCUAAUGAUGGAUAUUUCAUUCGCCCAAGAAGAGGAGAAAUCUGGUCAGCUCGGUCCGCUACAAGUUCACCUUUUUGGAUCGGACACACCAAUCACAAGAUUUCCAACUAGCGGGUCAGUCCUGGACCUUCAGACCUCCAAGCCCUUCCCUGACACAGUCGCUCAUAACCAGCUAACCAGCCAACUGAACCGCAGCCUGGCCUUGAGCCUGGGCUCUGUCAGCCACAGAGGCUUCCAUCUGGCUUUCUCCUACUCAGGAAGAUGUGUGCUGGUAUCAUCCAUCAGACUGUACUACAGGAAGUGCCCUGACACCGUUGCUCACCUGGCCUUGUUUAAGGGGACGGGGGCCAUGUCGGGUCCCGUGACGGGUUCCUGUGUGACGGGAGCUGAGGAGGAUUUUCCACCUGUCAGAGAGUGUGGUGUGGAUGGAGUAUGGGGUCCACAGCAGGGAGGGUGUACCUGUCCUCCCGGGCAUCAAGUCAUAGAUGACACCUGUCAAGCAUGUAGGAUGGGCUACUACAAACCAGCCAACAAUGAGAGCGCAGAAUGCCGGCUGUGCCCGCCGAACAGCAGGACACACGGGGAGGGAUCAGAGAGGUGCGACUGUCGACAGGGUUUCAGCCGCCUGCCAACUGACCCCGAUGACCUCGGCUGCACCAAGCCACCUUCUGCCCCUGUGAAUCUAACAGCUAAUCAUCUCAAUGACUCUGUGCUGAUAAUGACGUGGGAUCCUCCUCAUGACCGGGGAGGCAGACAAGAAGUCAAGUAUAGCAUCAAGUGCGAGAGGGGAGCAGAUUCUGGCCAUCAGUGGGAGGCCUGUAGGGACGAUGUGGUUUUCCUGCCAGACUCGGCAGGGCUGACCGACACAUCAGUCAGCAUCACAGAACUGGAUCCACAGCGCGACUACAGACUCUCAGUGCAAGCCUGGAAUGAUAUAUCCACCCUGCGGGGGGCGCCACCUUCAUCCACUGCCACCGUUACAAUGCACAGAUGGAAAGUUCCACCUGUGGUACCGGUACCGGUGAUCCCUGUGACCCCAGGCUUAAACAUCUCAGAGCCUCCAAUGGUUCCAGCUCUUCAGCACCAGAGUCGCUUCUCCAUCUGGCUGACUGUUGGUGUUUUAUCUGUCAUCCUGCUGCUCAUGGCUGUAAUCCCCAUCAUUGUGGGUGUCCUGCGCCAGAACUACACUAAACUCAGAUCUGACCAGGAAUUAGAGCUUUUGCCGAUGAACGCUGUAAUUUCCUACCGACGUCCAGAGGAGAUGGAGCCUGCACCCCCCCAGCCAGCCAACAGGGUGGAGGGUGUGGUCCAGCUGUUGGAGGGGCUUAGCAGCACGCUGCUGGACAGUCUUAAAGAGGUCCUGGUGGAGAGAAACCAGCUCACCCUGGGCAAGGAGCUGGGCAAAGGAGAGUUUGGCUCAGUCUAUGAAGGGCUCUUUUCACCACAAGAAGGCGUGGACAUCAAGGUGGCUGUGAAGACCAUGAGAGUUGGAAUCCACAGCCACGAAGACUUGCAUGAGUUUUUGAGAGAGGCAGAUAUCAUGAAGAACUUUGAUCAUGAAAAUGUGGUCCGACUACUCGGGGUUACUCUACAGAGAGAGGAGGACUCUACUCUGCCUGUUCCUCUGGUCAUCCUGCCUUACAUGAAACACGGAGACCUGCGCCGCUUCCUCAUCGCUACACGAUAUGGAGAUAUUCCUAUGUUUGUGCCCCAUCAGAGUCUCCUGCGCUUCAUGAUUGACAUUGCAGCAGGGAUGGACUAUCUGAGCUCACGGGGGUUCCUGCAUAGAGACCUGGCUGCACGCAACUGCAUGCUGGGUGAUGACCUUAGGGUGUGUGUAGCUGACUUCGGCCUGUCCAAGAAAAUCUACAGCAGCAAUUAUUAUCGCCAAAAAGUAGCUAUCCGUGUGCCAAUCAAGUGGAUGGCCAUGGAAAGCCUGUCUGAGUCUGUCUACACCACCAAAAGUGACGUGUGGUCGUUUGGGGUGACUAUGUGGGAGAUUGUGUCCCGGGGGAGGACUCCCUAUCCUGGAGUUCACAACCAUGAGCUGCUGGAGCAUCUGAUGUCCGGACACAGACUCAAACCACCCGAGGACUGUGACUACAGACUUUACGAAGUGAUGCAGAGCUGCUGGGAGAAGGAGCCGAGCCGCAGGCCUGGCUUUGGGGAGCUGUGCGAGACACUGAAAGGUCUUCUGUCGGAGCUGCCGGUGCUGGAGGCCAGCCAGGAGGCCGACUACAUCAACCACGGCCUGGAGGCUGCUGCUGCUGUUGCUGCCUGUCAGGGUCCACAGACAGAGUCUGGGGGGAGAUGGGAAAAUGUCUACCUGGCUUCUCCUGUGGCGGGUGCUGGUGCUGCUGCAGCCAGAGAGGAGGAUGCUGAAGUAGAGGAAGGCUACCUUAAGUAUAUUACUGACCCAGAAUUUAAGUGGGAUGAUGAUCACUAAAAAAGACUGUUUUUUUACAAGUUACAAAAUGUAAUUCUGUAAAACAGUAUGUAUAUAUGUAUAUAUAUAUAUACCAUUUUCUGUGUGUCCUAGAAGUCAUUUUCCACUGUUUGUUAGCAGUUUCUCACCCUCCACAAAAAAGACUACAAUUCCAUCGAGACCAUUUUCAGGAAGUGACAUAUUUUUUUCAGAGGAAACUCAAAGGAGCAAAAUAGGGUGAACAAUAAACUUUCACUCAUAUCUUUUUUUUUCCAGGUUUCAUGUCGUUAAUCUGUUUUGUCACACUCUUAAAGUUCCACCCUGUUCGGCUAAAUUAUGAAGAAAGGUGGUCCGAUCAAAAAAAUGUAAAACAUAUUUAUUAAAGGUCCCAUAUCGUGCUCA